AUGUUAGUACCAGAGUCUUCAAAUCUCAAACACUCUGGUACUAACAUGUACCAGACGCGAGUUUCCAAUGCCCUCGUACGAUUUUCUAUUCAGAUCUUCUUGAAUGAGAAGGUCUUCAUAGAAACUCGUACGAGGGCUUCUCUUUUAAAUACUCUGGUACCUGCUGGUAUCGGAGUCGACUUUACAGCCCUUUCCCCAAUUUUGAAGCUGGGGAAAGUUUUCAAGCAAUGA